GAGCACACGCGGCCGGAGAAAGUUCGUCGUCCGAGUUCUUUAUAUAAUCGUCACGCCUUCGCGACAAUGCAUUUCUACGCGCUGUCAUCGCUGCUGUUGGUUUCUGUGACGUUGUCGUUGGCGCUGCCCGCCGCGGAAGAGGUAGACCUGGCACCAUUUGCAGAUCAUUUACGUGACAAAAGGGCGACGGGUGGAGACUGGGCGAAGAAUCUAGCACAGGCCGUCUGUACUGCUCUCAACCCUAGCGGCUGGAUGUUCGCUGUCAGCAGGGAUUGCAAGAACAAUAAGCCAACCUGUGCUGCCAUCUGUGCAAGCGCGGCUCUGCACAACCAAGAUAACCAGACAAAGAACAAAGUAUGGUCCUGUGUGAACAGCCUGCAUGUGUACAGUUCCCCAGCGUCGACCUCCGCCAGUUUCACACUCGGACCAAAGGUGUACAAGUACAAUACGUGCAAGGGCGGCUGUGGACCGAACCACUGCUGCUGCCGAGCGGAACCAUAAUGAUGAGCCGGCCUGGCGCCACCUUUUGUCAGAUAAAGUUAACUUAGGCGAUAAGCCCGCAUUCCUCGAUGAAUGACUAUAACAUAUAUUAGUCAUUUGAUGAGUGCUCAAAGGUUAUGCAAUGCACUUGUACCGGUGUCGGUAUCUUACCGCAGGAAUGAGUCCGUUUUAAUUGUAUAUUUCUUUAGAACUAUAUCGAUAUUGGCCUUCCUUCUAGUGAAAAAUUCGGAAUCGUGUUUGAAUGCUUUUUUUUAUCUUGAUAUCAAAAUCCGCAUGCUUUUCAAAAACACUUCAUUUAAAAACGUUCUAGGUGUGUUUCUUGGCCCAAAUUUAUGCAAUGGUUGUAUGUUUGAGUAUUCUGGUGCAGAUUAAGUAUUCAAAUUACUUCCCUAAUGAUAAGUUGGACACUUUUAAUAUAUUGCGAAUGUAUAAUCGCUCUUAUUUGUAUUAUCCGGUAACGGUGUUGUUAUUAUAUCUGCAUGCAUGUUUCAAUUUCGGUAGGCACGAGAAAUAUCCACUUUAUGGCUUAGUUUAUUCAAUAGAUGGUGUCUCUAAUUGUGAACCAUAUACGGGGCGAGGUGCGGAAGUGGAUUUUUCCGUGCCUAGAUGACACACUCUUAUCGCCAUGUUAGACAGUAAGGAUUAGGUAAACCAAGAGUCGAUUGCAGAUAGCUAUAUAAGACCAGAGUACUGAGUAACCAGAGACCGACAGCAGUACGUCUACUGAAUCCAAUAUGCGCACAAGCAUCUACAAACCCCCCCAUAACUGGUACCACAUAUAACUAUGAUAACAGUGUGUGUGUGUCCAUUUACAUAUAUAUAUAAAUAAAUAAGAGAGGGUGCUUCCAGAUUUUAAUAGAGUAUGUCUGCUUUAAAAGUAAAUCUUUCUGUCAAUAUACGAGUAUGUUUAGUAAAAUUAAAAUGCAUAUGAAUUGGCAAUUGAAUUUGUCCGACA